AGGAGUGCAAACCUCAUACAUUGAGGGAGAAAGGCAGCGGGAGACGGCCGCCGAGAUUCCCCCAUCUCUUUGAAUAUAAUUUUAGAUUGAGAUUCAGAUUAAAUCCGAGGGGAAAACACUUUAUGAGGCUGAAAGCUGUGUCGUUGCCAGAGCCAGGGUUAUGAGCUAUCAAAUGCAAUUACAUUAAGACAGAUUAUACUGGGCAAAUUGAGCCAUUUAGAAGGUGAGAAUCAAAGAAACGGCUCUGAUCCUCUCUUCCCCCUUCUCUCUCCCUCUCCCUCUCUCUCUCUAAAUUGCAGUUCGUAGUUCCUUGCAAUUCUGAGGCACAAAAGUAGGUGAGACUGCUUUUGUAUCUGCGAAGUGCUUCGCUCCUGAAUGUAAUUCUAGCUGAGUGCAAUCUAGGUUAAGAGCCGGACAAGCGGGUAAUUAGAGCCCGCUUGCUGCCCGAGGACCGGCCGCCCCGCCGAAGCGCGCCCGGAGUCGGCGCCCUUCUCCCGGCCGAGCCGAGCUGCGGCUGGACACGGAGCGCCCGAGAUGAUGGUGCUGGACAAGGAGGACGGCGUGCCGAUGCUCUCCGUCCAGCCCAAAGGCAAGCAGAAGGGCUGCGCGGGUUGCAACCGCAAGAUCAAGGACCGCUACCUGCUGAAGGCGCUGGACAAGUACUGGCACGAGGACUGCCUCAAGUGCGCCUGCUGUGACUGCCGCCUGGGCGAGGUGGGCUCCACCCUCUACACCAAGGCCAACCUCAUCCUGUGCCGGCGUGACUACCUCAGGCUGUUCGGCACCACGGGCAACUGCGCUGCCUGUAGCAAGCUGAUCCCAGCCUUCGAGAUGGUGAUGCGGGCCCGGGACAACGUCUAUCACCUCGACUGCUUCGCCUGCCAGCUCUGCAACCAGAGAUUUUGUGUGGGAGACAGAUUCUUCCUGAAGAACAACAUGAUUUUGUGUCAGAUGGACUACGAGGAAGGGCAGCUCAACGGCACCUUUGAGUCCCAGGUUCAGUAAUGCCCAGCGCCUGGCCUCCAGGCCCAUGUCCGUCCGCCCGUCUGCCCACCCGCCUGGCCGGCCGGCCAUUCUCCUGCCAAUUAGAACUCGUCCGUCCUCGAUGGGAGGGAUGGCCCUUCCUCCGCCGCCCGUCUGUGUGUGACCCCUCCUGGGGCCGGGCUGGGCCUGUACAGUCUGUCUUCUGUAUAUAAAUGGGAACAUUUAUUUUA